AUGGCUUGUCGGCGGAAGAGCAGCGUGGCACUGGCCGACCUAGAAGUCCGCAAGUUUCCGAUGAGCGGGCAUUGCGUCACCAACAUGCGGAUGCCCGAUAUCUUACAUGACGACGCAAGCGGGAUUCGCGAAGGGUAUUCAUUGCUCGGCGACAGCGGCGAGUCUCGAGACAAUGACAUCGACAUAAAGCCGUUCGAAUCCACAAAGCCGAAGAUUAAGCCGAUCUCGAUCAAGAAGCGAGGUCGCCCGCGAAAGCCUCGUUCUAACGCUGCAGCCACGGAAGCACUGAAGGAAGAUAAGGCUACCAAAUCCGGGCGCCAGAUGAUACCUAAGAGCGAGACCGACAUUUCUGGCUCAGACAACAUGAAGUCACUACGCACCCGCGAGAAGAAUCGUGUAGCGGCCGACAGGUGCCGCUUGCGAAGGCGGCAAGAGGAGGAGAAGCUCAAAUCAAGGCAUGAAGACCUGGAGCAAGAGCAUCGCAGGCUACUCUACGCGCAUUCAGAGCUCAUGUCCGAGACAACUAUCUAA